CCACCCCCAUGGACCCUCACCGGCGAAAUGUACUGGCUCAUCGCCAAAGCGCCCAUCCCCCUCCCUCACUCCGCCUACCACCCGCUCGAACAAGCCGCCAUAACCAGCAGCGCGAACAACUUCCAAGGCGGGAUGUGCUACAUCCAGAUCGUGCGGUAUAGCGAUAGUCCUGUGGGGCCAUAUGAUGAACUCGCCAUCGUGCCGGGGGUUCUCAAGGUUCCUGCAGGGACGAUGAGAGGGAAGAAGAAGAUGCGUGUCACGAGGAUCUAUGUUAGUGGGAGGGAUACGACUAAGACAGGCCGCAACAACUGGAACAUCCCCAAACACCUCGCGCGCUUCGAGUUCUCCGCGCCACUGUCGCGCAAGGGCGAGGCGCCACCGGCAGAGCUGAAGGUCGCUGUGUACCCGCCUGGUACGGCGGGAGGAGAACGCUUCGAUGUGCCUUUCUUCAAGGCGACUCUCACGCCUUCGAGAUGGCUUCCCGCCGUGCCCAUGUCGACAAAGUAUCUCCCGCUGGAUGCUACUCUUGUUCAGCCGCCGCUGCCGAAAGGGGAUGAUGCGUAUCUGGCGGGGACGGAGACUUGGAGAGUCGUCCCUUUUGUAUUGAGGGCGAAUUGUAGACUCGUGUGGGUGAAGACUGAUCACGAGGCGACGAAGACGCAGGAAGAGCACUGGCCACAGCAGAUCAAGCCAUGGAGUUUUGGCAUUUGGAUGGAAGACGGCAUCUUUGACUUU